GUGAACGAGUCCUCUUUCUCGAAGCCAUCUUGAAAACCACCAUUGAGGUUUGGUAGUGAAUAAAAGUUCACUUAAAAACAGCCAACAUGGGUCGUAUGCAUGCACCCGGAAAGGGUAUCUCUGGAUCGGCUUUGCCAUACCGUCGCAGUGUUCCUACGUGGAUGAAAUUGACUUCAGAUGAUGUAAAGGAACAGAUGUACAAGCUGGCCAAGAAGGGCCUUACUCCUUCUCAGAUUGGUGUCAUCCUCCGUGAUUCACAUGGUGUCGCUCAAGUCCGAUACAUCACUGGAAAUAAAAUCCUUAGGAUUUUGAAAGCCAAAGGUCUUGCUCCUAGCCUCCCAGAGGAUCUCUAUUAUUUGAUCAAAAAGGCUGUUUCUGUUAGAAAACAUCUUGAAAGGAACCGYAAGGAUAAAGACUCCAAAUUCAGACUCAUUUUGAUUGAAAGUAGAAUUCACCGUCUUGCCCGAUACUACAAAACCAAAAGAGUCCUCCCUCCCAACUGGAAGUAUGAGUCAUCCACUGCCUCUGCUCUUGUGGCUUAAGUAUUAUGAAAUAAAAUUCAACUAGAAUAAUCUC